CACGAGACCUGCCUCCUGGACCAGGUGCUGGAGCUGAUUAUGAAUGAGAAGCCCCCGACCAGCGCUAGUCUUUUCCUGAACGAGGACGCGGACAAACCCCCCCCGCCGGAGCGAGGAGACCUGAGGAGGCGCCUACGCAGGGCCAUGGAGAGGAGAGCCAGCAGCGUGAAGGAGCGGAUGAGCUCCAUCACACGGGACAGCGCCAAAGCCUUCCUCAGGAGGAACCUGUUUGUUCUGUUCACCAUCGGCGCUGUGGCUCUGGGUAUAAUCCUUGGCUUUGCUCUACGCCCCCACAACCUGUCCCUGAGGGAGAUCAAGUACUUUGCCUUUCCUGGGGAGCUGCUAAUGAGGAUGUUACAGAUGCUGGUGCUGCCUCUCAUUGUCUCCAGUCUGGUCACAGGUAUCUCCUCCCUCGACAGCAAGGCGUCAGGUAAAAUGGGCGCGCGCGCGGUGGUGUACUACAUGGUGACCACCCUGAUCGCUGUGUUCAUUGGCAUCGUAAUGGUGGUGAUCAUCCGGCCCGGCCGAGGCAGCAGGGACAGUCCUGUGGUGACCAGCAAAAACAUAGAGCCGGUUCAAGCUACUGAUGCUUUCCUGGAUCUCAUCAGGAACAUGUUUCCUCCUAAUCUGGUGGAGGCUUGCUUCAAACAGUAUAAAACAGUGUACAAGAAGAUAGUGCGCACCAGGAAUGUGACGGUGUCCCUGAACUUCACCGACUUGCUUAAUGGCACAGAGUCACACCUGAGUGUGAACCUGAGUAAGGUGCUGCACACCGUACAGGAAACAACAGAGGAGACUGUCCCUGUCUCGGGUUCCUCCAACGGGGUUAACGCUCUGGGUCUGGUGGUGUUCUCCAUGUGCUUCGGACUCGUCAUCGGCAACAUGAAACAGCAGGGCCAGGCCCUCAGGGACUUCUUCGACUGCCUCAAUGAAGCCAUCAUGAGGCUGGUGGCCAUCAUCAUCUGGUACGCUCCGGUGGGCAUCAUGUUCCUGAUUGCAGGGAAGAUCGUGGAGAUGAAGGAUCUGGCGGAGGUGGGCGGCCAAUUGGGGAUGUACACCAUGUCGGUCAUCGUGGGCCUCCUCAUCCACGGCCUCUUCGUUCUGCCGCUGCUCUACUUCCUGGUGACCAGGAAGAACCCGUACAGUUUCAUCAGUGGUCUGCUGCAGGCACUCAUCACAGCCCUGGGCACCUCCUCCAGCUCCGCUACCCUGCCUAUCACCUUCCGCUGUUUGGAGGAGAACAACCACGUGGAUAAGCGAGUGACACGCUUCGUCCUCCCGGUGGGCGCCACCAUCAACAUGGACGGCACCGCCCUCUACGAGGCUGUGGCGGCCAUCUUCAUCGCUCAAGUCAAUGACGUGGACCUCAACUUUGGCCAGAUUCUCACCAUCAGUAUCACGGCAACCGCUGCCAGCAUCGGAGCAGCAGGCAUCCCUCAGGCUGGGUUGGUUACCAUGGUGAUCGUAUUGACAUCGGUGGGACUGCCCACAGAGGACAUAACGCUGAUCAUCGCCGUGGAUUGGUUCUUGGACCGCUUGCGUACCACCACCAACGUGCUGGGCGACUCGCUCGGUGCCGGCAUCGUGGAGCAUCUUUCCCGCAGCGAGCUGCAAAACCAAGACGCCGAGCUGGGCGACUCUGUCAUUGAGGAGAACGAGAAGCCGUACCAGCUCAUCUGCCAGGAAAACGACUCGCUCAAACACCGCAACAGCGAGACCACAAUGUGAAGACAAAGCCACACCCCAUAGGCCCUCGCUUACCAAAAGCAUUUUAGAAGGAAGGUUUUUUUUUCCUCCCUCAGCUGGCUUACAACGGUGCAGGGAUGAGUUAAAAUAGUUUUUGGUAAACUCAGCCAAUGCCUGGGGUUCCCAGAGUGUUACCACAAAAAGAAGUUUAUUGUUUUUGCCCUUGUAGACCUAAACUCACAUCUCUCCUUGAACUAUAAAGUGUUAUUUUUGAAACGAUUCCUUCUCUCAAAGCUGUGUGAGAAACUGCAGAAUGUAACAACAAAUUUACCAUGAGCUCUGUGAUAAGGGAAGCAGAGGUGAGGCCAGUGCCACAGCCGUCUGUGAGCAGGGAAUAGUGCACAUGUCACACACAGGUUAGGAACAAAUGGAAAUCCAUGAGCUGUGUGACG